AUGACCAGCGACAGCAGAAAGCAAGACUCCGUAGUGUCUACGGAGCCUGGGGUACAAGUUGCAUCUCCCGAGUUUGGUAGGCGGAGGGUGCUCUCAAACAUCUCACGAAAGAUCUGGGGCGACGACCCGCGAGAGAGGAAAUACGUUCGGAAGUUGGACACAUUCCUCUUCUCUUACGUACUUCUCGGAUACUUCAUCAAGUACCUCGACCAGAAUAACUACAGCAAUGCGUUCGUUAGCGGUAUGCAAGAGCUACACCUUUACGGCAACGAGAGAAACCUCCUGACUGCAUACUUCAACAUUGGUAUCAUUUUGGGUACUAUCCCAGCACAGAUGAUCCAGUUGAAGUAUGUUCGCCCUUCUAUUUGGAUACCGGCGUGCGAACUUGGGUGGUCUGCAUUGACAAUGGUCAUGGCGAGCGCCAAAAACGUGGAAACGCUUCAUGCACUGCGCUUCUCUAUAGGACUCCUCGAGUCCUGUUCUUUUCACGGUUUUGCUAGCAUCCUGGGUAGUUGGUACGGCAAAACACAACUUGCGAAAUGCAUGGCUCUGUUCGAGCAGACUGCUGCUAUUGCUGGCAUGUUCAGUGGGUACCUCCAAGCUGGCCUUUACACUGGCAUGAAUGGGACUGCGGGACUUUCUGGCUGGAGGUGGCUCUUCAUCAUGGAUGGCGUUAUCUCAAUUCCGAUUGCUUUUUAUGGAUUCUUUGCGCUUCCUGACUUGCCACAUAAUACCAGACAGAGCCUUCUAUCUCUCGAAAGAGGUAAGCUUGGUCGUUUCGCGGGCUUUCUUGAGUCCACCAUCCAAGUUAACUCUCAAGGGUAUAAGGAUAUAUACACUUCGUGGCAGCUUUGGGCCUUCAUUCUUCCCUACCUCAUGGUGGCUGAAGCUGGUUCUGGUACCGGUUACUUCAACCUCUACCUCAAGUCUGAGGGCUAUAGCGUGGUUAAAACGAACAUCCUGCCGAAUAUAGGAAACGCGAUGCAGAUCGUCGCUGCCUUCACAGUGGGCUGGCUGUCAGAUGCCACGGGUAGUCGUGUGUUGACAGUGGUGUUCGUGCAGGCCCUAGUUCUUGUCUUGAAUAUUAUACUGUCGAUAUGGAAUGUCCCCAAGGCGGCAUUGCUCGCGGCCUUCUAUCUGAGCUACACGGGUGGUGCGGCUCAGCCAAUUGUCAUCAGCUAUGGACAUGAGAUCACGCAAUGGAAUGCGAAUCUUCGACAAUUGCUAGUCGCUACGGGAAACAUUUUUACCUACACUUUCAGUGCUUGGAUGCCCGUGGUGCUAUUUCCGACAUAUGACGCUCCCAAGUAUAAAUACGGUUACCAGAUAUUGAUUCUCUUCGGGUUACUGGCUGUUGCGGGUAUUUUACUUCUUGACUACCUCUACAAGAGAGACUUGUAUGUAAAAUUCCGAGCAGUAUUACAUGAAGUAUCGUUAGAAGAGAGCUGA